AUGGCAAACCCUUGGUGGACGAACCAGAGUGGUUUAGCCGGUAUGGUAGACCACUCAGCCUCCUCCGGCCACCACCACCACCAAAGUCUUCUUACCAAAGGCGAUCUUGGAAUAGCCAUGAACCAGAGCCAAGAAAAUGAUCAAGACGACGAAGAAGACGACCCUAGAGAUGGAGCGGUCGAGGUGGUUAACCGCAGACCAAGAGGCAGACCACCAGGAUCCAAAAACAAACCGAAGGCUCCAAUCUUUGUGACAAGAGACAGCCCCAACGCACUCCGUAGCCAUGUCAUGGAGAUCUCCGAAGGCAGCGACGUUGCCGACACAAUCGCUCACUUCUCAAGACGCAGACAGCGCGGUGUUUGCGUUCUAAGCGGAACAGGCUCAGUAGCUAACGUCACCCUCCGUCAAGCCGCCGCACCAGGAGGGGUCGUAUCACUCCAAGGAAGAUUCGAGAUCUUAUCCUUAACCGGUGCUUUCCUCCCCGGACCUGCCCCACCCGGGUCAACUGGUUUAACGGUUUACUUAGCCGGGGUCCAGGGUCAAGUUGUUGGAGGUAGCGUCGUCGGACCCCUAGUGGCCAUAGGGUCGGUGAUGGUGAUUGCUGCCACUUUCUCAAACGCUACUUAUGAGAGAUUGCCUAUGGAAGAAGAGGAAGAAGCUGGCGGUGGGGGCGGCGGCGGCGGCGGCUCAAGACAGAUUCACCGAGGUGGUGACUCGCCGCCCGGAAUUGGAAGUAGCCUACCUGAUCCGUCGGUGAUGGUGGGACCGGGCUACAAUAUACCGCAACAUCUGAUUCCGAAUGGAGCUGGAGAGUUAGGGCACGAACCGUAUACGUGGGUCCACGCGCGACCACCAUACUGA